GUUGGGUUUGUGCUUGCAUUUGCAGUUCCACAGUCCGCAGCAGCGCCCGUUGCGAUUGUCUUUUCUGUCGGCCACACGGCCUUCGCUCCCAAACAGACCCGUUCUUGUCUUGGCCUCGUUUUGGUGCCCGGCCGUCCCUUUAAAUGCCGCUGUUCUCCCUCCCCUCCCCCUUGCCCGCCAUCUCUCGCCGUCUUUUGCCGUCGCCGCACUCUCCGAACCAUUUCGCCCACCUCUUAGCCCUUAGCAAACCACAUUCGCCAUGAUCGCCGACUACGAGCACAAGUUCCCCAACUACACCUCCCGCCACGGUAUCAUCAUCCUCAACACCGUGCUGCUCAUCACCGCCAUCUGGCAGCUCAUCUUCGUCUUUGUUGCCUACCUCGGCGUUGCUAGCAUCAUCUCUGCCAUCCUGAGCAUCAUCACCGUCCUUGCCCUCGGCUAUGGCGAAUACGGCCUCUUCACCAACAACCUCCCCGCUGUCAAGCUCCUGUCGAUCUGGUACUUCAUCUCCGUCAUUGUCCAAAUCAUUGUUGCCAUCCUCACCCUGAACGCCUUCUACAUUGUCCAGGGCCUCCUCGGCGCUGCCCUCACCGCCUUCUACGCCCUCCACGUGCACGCUUGGUACAAGAGCCAGGUCACCGGCACCUCGAUGGUCUAAGACCCGAGCUUGCCCGGACUUCUGGCUGCACCACCCACUCCCUGUUCUCCUUUCAUGCCUUGAUCUUUUCUUGAUCGCCACUGCCUACCUGUCUGUCUUGUCAACAACUUCUGUGAGCUGUGUGUCGUUCUUGUUCCGCUUUCUUUUUUCUUCCACCAAAUCACAACAACAAAAUCCACGCCCUUCCACAAACCAUGUUUCUUUAGACCCCACCACGUUCACUGAGCGAGCCCUGUACCCUGCGUCGAUCGAUCCCAUCUCAAUAGAUGCAGUGUUCCUGGCCCAAA